UAUGUGACUGAGCUGUAGAAAACACCUUGACGACCAAAAACAAUCUUAUAUAAACAGCGUGAGAAUUCUCAAAUAAUUGCCGCUGAAUAUACCAAAUUAAUACUAGAAAUGAAUUCAGUUAGACACAGACAGCAGGCACAGCAACAAGACGCUGAUUUGCUGCUGAGAAUUGGUAAACAAAUACACUUCUCAGAAAAUGAAGGAAAAGCUUUGGUGAAUCAAUUCAAAUAUUUGACCAAGGAUAAUAAGGUUGCCAGACAAGAUAAACUUGAUAGGUCGCAGUUCCGUGAAGUUCUCCAGUCAACAUUCAAAAUGACGGAUGACAUUAUAAUGGACCGAUUGAUGAGGGCGUUUGAUACUGAUGCCGACAGCUGUGUCAAUCUAUCAGAGUGGAUUCUCGGACUAUCAGUAUUUCUGAGGGGAACAUUGGAAGAAACAAUCGUUUUUUGUUUCAACGUGUAUGAUUUAAAUGGUGAUGGAUUCAUAUCAAAGGAGGAAAUGUUCCACUUGCUGAAAAAUUCGCUUGUCAAGCAGCCGACCGAAGAAGACCCAGAUGAGGGCAUCAGGGAACUAGUAGACAUUAGUAUUAAAAAAAUGGAUGGUGACCGUGAUGGACGUUUGUCUCUUCAAGAUUUUGCAUCAGCUGUAAGGGAAGACUCACUUUUGUUGGAAGCCUUUGGACAAUGUCUCCCUGCACCGGAAAUAAAAGACAGAUUUCUGGCAACCCUAUCAACAAAGUUGUAAUAGAUGAAAUGUUCAGAAGAUAAACUUUCAGCUUUCAACCAGAAUUGGAUGCCUUUGAAGCAUUUGCACAAAUCCCAACUUUGGGAAAUAUUGUUAAUUCAAUGAAAUAUAUAUUGUUAAAAUAUUGAGAAAAAUUCUGUAAAACAGCGAAAAUUAAUUGUUUCAUCUGGAGUUGAUGAAUUUAGUAUUUUAACAAACUUUUUGAAGAUUUGUUACAGAAUUUAUCAACGAUAUUAUACUUUCAAAAUGAAUUGCGUUAGUAAAUUUUAAUUGCCAUUUUAAUUUUGUAGUAUUAUUUGCCUUAUUAGUGAAGUUGAUAUUUUUAUUAAAUUUCUGUCAUUUAAAAGAAGGAAAUAUAUGUUCCACUAAAGCCUGGUUUCCUGAAACUCGCCCAGCCUCCCUAGGCCCCUCUAUUUCAAAUUCCUGGAUCUGCUACUGUAGUCUGUACAAAGAAUACAAUAUAAUAUAACACAUUAACUUCAUAAAAGUAUUUAUUGAUUAUUUUUUAAUUAUCAGUGUUUUGAAAGCAUAAUGCUAUAAAAUAUACAGUUUAUAGUAUCGACUUACUUAUUUAAAAGUCACGUAAAAUUAAUUUUAUCUAAGUAGUUUCAAUAUCAACAAUAUAACCGCCUACUGUACAAAGUGUAAAAUACUGAUAACAAUGAAUUUUGUAAAUAAAUAUUGCGUUGAACUGAUGAAUU